CUUGGGAAGCUGCAUAAAAGGAUGAGGAGGUUUGGCGAUACAUUGAACCCGGAUGAUGCGUAUUUAAGUUACUACGAUGUUCGAUUAACAAGAGGGGAUAUGCAGUCACUGAAGAAUGACUGGCUAACAGAUAAUGUCAUCUCCUUCUGGGAAGAAUACCUCGAGCGCGAAUUUCUCGCGCAGUACAAGUCAUCCAACAUCGUCCUCCUCCGACCCAGCAUGUCCUUCAUGAUCCUCCAAACCCCGAACCCGCUCUCCCUGCGCGAAGCCCUGCCCGACUUCUCCCGCACAACGCACGUCUUCCUCCCUAUAAACGACUGUCGCAAUGUAACCGAAGCAGAAGGCGGCACGCACUGGUCCCUGCUAUUGAUAUCGAUCGUCGACGGGAUAGCGUUCCACUAUGAUUCGCUGCCCCCGGGAAACUACUAUGAGGCGCGGACCGUGACAAUGAAAUUCGGGUCGCUGCUGAACCGUCCGAUCCGCUACGUCCACUUGGAAGACUCCCCCGUUCAGGAGAACGGUAGCGACUGCGGAGUGUUCGUAUGUCUGAGCAUGCGUCACCUGCUGCUGAAGAGGCUGCUGACCGCCAACGCCAACGAGAAGGUCAGCAUGAGUCUGGGUGGAAGGAAGGUCGAUGCUCGGUCUGGGCGGAAGGAAAUCGCUAAGACCAUCGAAGGAUUCCGGAAGGAAGGCGAAAGACGCAGAUCAGCCAGCCUAAGUCCCCUCGGCCACAAAUCCACAAGUCCCCCCCGAAUCGAAUAAUGUCUUUACUACCCACAUACAAGGCCAGUCCACUCAGCCGGCCGC